UGGCCCCACUUCCAGAAUCAAAACCCGAGCGUACCUAUCAUGUCUUCGGGUCUCAGCACCCCAAUCCUAUCCCGCUUCCAUCCCUGUUAAACCCAUAUAAAAUCCGUGGAGGCGCUGUAGCAUUUCUACCCCUACGAAGAACAUGGCCGCUUCAAGGCUUUUACUCCUCCGCUCCCCUUUCUUCUGUAUUUACAGAAAUGCCACUGCACCUUCCUCUCUCUCCAACCUUCAUACGCUCUCUCUUCGCACCCUUCUCUCCGCGCCUCGCCCACGCGCCAAACCCUCCCUACUGCAGCGGCUGCAGUUUCACUCCGACAGCAGCACCGCCGCUACAGCAUCGAGGGCCUUUGCCGAUAAUCCAGCAGAGCCCUCCGAAGCCGUCAAUCACCCGUGGCCCGAGUGGGUGAAUUUCCUCGAACAGUUAAAGAGCAAAGGCUAUUUUGAUGCCGAUGACGGCACUUCUCUGCCUACUGAAACCGAGGAAGGCAGUUCCACCGCUUUUCCCAAGGACUCUAAUCGGUUGAAGACCGCCUGCUUGAGCUUCGCCCGCGAGCGGUUCGACAUUCUCAGAUCCUUGUCUAAGAAAGACAUUCAAGAUGUUGUUGAGUGCGGAUGUCCUAAUCUGCUUCGGAAAGCUGUUAAUUCAGCAAAAAGAUUGAGAGCAUAUGUGAAACUUGAUGAAGGGGAGGUAUGCAGUGGCUGCAAUCUACGGGGAUCCUGUGAUAGAGCUUAUGUGAUAGCGAAGGAAGGGGAAGAUGCCCGUACUGUUGAUAUUGUACGUAUUCUGCUCAGCUACGCAAUUGAUCCGCUUGUUCUUUCUGGGGGAGAGAAACCUCAUGGCAGAGAGCAUGUUGAGGCAUCUGCCCGCAGACUGCUUUCCAAGCUGAUUGAACUGAGUGACACAGCCCGUGAUCCGUCGCUACCAAAGUCUGCAGUGAAGUCUGUGGUUGAAAAGCAACGAAAUAUCUCAGAUUGUGACAAACAGUUUCUAAAUGUUGAAAUGAAGAGAGGGGAUUGGAUUUGUUGUAAGUGCAAUUUCAUGAACUUCUCCAGGAAUAUCCGAUGUUUGCAGUGCAGAGAAGAGGGUCCAAAGAGAGUGAGUUUUGAUGAUGUUGAAAUGAAGAAAGGGGAUUGGGCUUGCCCACAGUGCCAGUUCAUGAAUUUUGCUCGCAAUAAGAACUGCCUGCGUUGCCAAGAAUCUCGACCCAAGAGAGAGCUAUCUCCGGGGGAAUGGGAAUGCCCCUCAUGUGACUUCUUGAAUUAUCGAAGGAACAUGGUCUGCUUAAAGUGCAAUUGCAAACGCCCAAAGGAUGAGGUGGCGCAAUAUGAAGAUCAGAUUUGGAGAAAGCCAAAAGUGGCCACUCGUUUGAGUCACGGAGACUCUGAGGAUGAUAACGAGGGAUCUGAUAAUGAAUUAACUGAUGCCAUGGCCCAAACCGGGAGGAAAAAAAGAUUUUCAUUCAGCAAGAUGGAAACAUCGAAGCGGCGUUUCCCUUAAUGACAAAGGGUGUGUAAGUGCCUCCAGGCAGGAUUUCUCUGGAGUGAUAUUUGGGUUUUGUUGUUUCAAAUGAUUUGAAUCCUCAGUUCUGGCAUUGGCAAUCCAACAGUGACACAGUUGAAGGCAAAUUUCAUCAGGUUAUACUUAUAAGAGAACUCCUAAUCAGGUACAGGCAAUGGCACCACAAACCAUCUUUCCUGCCAACAUGCCACUUGUGUAGGAUGUCAGUACAAUGGAAAUGUCAUGCCCAACCAUGAAGAUCACCAUGCACAAAAAGUCAGGCUGUUCCACUCAUCAGAUGGGCCACACUGUUGGAAUCAAUAUGGGUGUGGUCCACCUAGUGAGUUGAUCACCUGAUUUUUGAGAAGGGUGAUCUACAUAGUGGGCCUACCAUUUUCAUCGCACAAAUGUCCUACACUAGUGAUGUGUUAGCAGGAAAUAUGGGACAGCGCCACUAGUGGUGCCAUUGCCUGUGGGUGAUCAGUCCUCUACUUCUAAUAUGAAGCAACUUUUGUGGCUAAGGGACUCUUGCUUCUUAGCAAUGGGGAGGUGUGUAGUCCUCACAGGACUGUGAUUUGAGAGUCACUGAAAUGACUCUCCCUAAAGGUUACUUUACUUUUCCUUUCCCCCUUUCUUUUCUUUUUUUCUUCCUUUCUUUUUUUGUUUUUGUUUUUUGAGAAAAAUACUGCAACAAGAGCUUCAGCAUUUUAUUUGGUUGAAGCAAGUUGAAUUUCUGGAACAUAAUUCCUGUAGAAAGUUUUGCUAGCCUCAUUCAGCUUUACAGGUUUGUAAUAAGCAUUCCAACCUUGCAACUGACUAGUGCAUAAUGUCACAACCAAGUGCUUCCUCCA